GUCGCCUGACAGUGCGUUGAAAUGAGCGUCCGGGAGUCUGAUCGGUUUCAGUAUCUGCAGGCGCUGGUGACUGAAUUCCAGGAUACGGACAGCGUAGAAGCAAAAGAGCAGGUCUUGGCCAAUCUGGCUAACUUUGCUUAUGAGCCCCGAAACUUCUCCAACCUCCGGAAACUGCAGGUGGCAGAUUUGUUCCUGGACAUGCUGACUGAAGACAACGAGACGCUGGUGGAGUUUGGAAUAGGGGGUCUCUGUAAUCUUUGCCUGGACAAGACUAACAAGAGUUACAUACUUGACUCUGGGGGAGUGAAACUGGUCAUCAAUUGCCUGUCCAGCCGGCGGGAAGAGACGGUGCUUUCGGCUCUGACUACACUCAUGUACCUGUGCACAGCUGCCUCCCGCGCUGAUAUCACUACUCCAGCUGUUGUGGAAUGCAUGGUGCGCUUCUCCCUCUCCACCAACCGCAGAAUCCGCAACUUGGCCACAAUCUUCCUGGAGGAUUACUGCAGCGAUAAGCAAGUGCAAGAAGCCAAAGAACUGAGUCAGCAUUCGGCAUUGGGGAUCCCACUCCCAGAAAUGCCACAUCCCACUAAUGCAUCCUGACAUUUGUGUCUGACAUUUGCACCCUACUGUAAUCAAAUUCAGCACGGCUGUUCUCAGAGCUUGGCAUACUCUGCUUAUGUAGUGCUGGUCAUGAAGUGAGUUUGCGAGAGCUGUGUAAACCUUGCUAGACUGCAGUCACCUGCAAGAUAUUGUUCUUUUUUAUGAUUCAGAUAUGAACUGACCUAAGGAGUGCUUUGAUAGUGCUCCCUCAUAUAUUUAUGUCUUCUAUACUAUUAUAUUGAAAUUAUUAAAGAGGAUGGGCACUCUGCUUUUUAA